AUGGGUGGUGUUACUUCGUUCCCCGAUAACGACUCCUUGAUUGACAGUCUUGUGAGAGAAGGUGAUUUUCCACCGCAUAUCGAACGUGUUCUACGUUUAGUAGAUCGUGGUAACUAUGCUGUUGGUCCCAGGAAUCGAAUUUAUUGUGAUUCUGCUUUUCGAGCGGAUAGAUUACAUCUUUCUGCUCCCAGUAUUUAUGCAACAGUUCUUCGAGAUCUAAACAUACAACCAGGUCAAUCAGUUCUAAAUAUAGGCAGUGGGACUGGUUAUCUUAGCACAAUGUUUGGGCUUUUACUCGGUUCAAAUGGAUUAAACCAUGGAAUUGAGCUGCAUUCAAGCAAUGUUCAAUUCGCUCGUGAGCGUCUGGCACAUUUUAUGGCAACCUCGGAUUCUCUGUAUGAACGCGAUUUCUGUCCUCCUCGGUUCACUGUUGGGAAUAUAUUUUCCUUAGUCCCUCCUUCUCCUGAUGAUUCAAUGCCUCCGACUUCUGAUGCCUUUGAUGAUCCUGAAGAUAUGAUUUCACAGAUUCUGACUUAUCACCGGGAAGAGCUUACUCAAUUUCUCUCCUCUGCAAAUAUCGAACCUCCUCCUCUCAUUCGUCGAGAUGACGCUGUUGCCGAAAGCGACGUUCAAUAUUGGCCUACUUAUGAUCGUAUUUAUGUUGGUGCCAUGCUCACCGGUAUCAAUCAACUUAAAGCUAUUUUGCGGCUUUUAAAUGUUGGUGGUAGCCUUAUUACCCCCAUGUUUGAUCAUCUUUUUAGAAUCGAUCGUAUUACCGAGACCUUCCUGAAUGAUACAGUGCUUAGCACCGUUAGUUUUCAGACUAUCGCCCCACCUUCUCCUGAUGAACCAAACAUUCUUCCAUUUCCGCGACGCGAAGUGGAACGUCUAGAUGUCCUGGCAUGCCGUUCCCUUAGGCAGGAGUUGCGUAAGGUGAUUAUCCAACGCAAUGGUGGUCAUCUCCCAACUCCUCCUCGCUACGUUCGCCCUACUAAAACACGCCAACGCAAGGAACCACCGCCACAACCCACUUUCUCUGGUUCUCCACCCCCAUCUCCUCCUCCUGCUGACAAUCCCGCACCUUCCACUUCCCGUGGUACUCACGCCUCCCCACAGGCAUCCACUUCCACCACGCCCUCUGCAUACGUAUCAAAUUUAUCCCCAUCUCGUGCUUCAUCCUCCUCGCGUGGAAUGUCCUCAACCUGCAAUCAUAGUCUUCUCAUGGACAUGGAGAUCGAUAUUGGCAUUGAUGAUCCUGACGAGUUAGCUGGAGUGCGACCAUUCACUUGCCCAAAUUCUCCCCACCGUUUCCCUCUUCCAUUUCCCACUCACCCUCCUUCUGAAAUGCCCCAACCACAAUCAACAGAUGUCGCCGUCACACCAGAAGUGGGGACACUGGGUGGGGGGGAAACGGUAGAUGUUGACACGAUGGGUUCCUCGAAUUUGACGCCGUUUGAACAGUUGCAAUUCAUUGAGAUGAUUUCGCGUCACUUCCUCUACUGUCACGUUCCUAGAAACGUAGGUGGUGGUGAUGGUAGUGGUGUAAACGGGCCCCUUUUAGGGUCUUCUAAUUACUAUUUGUGCUUUCAUGCUCGAUGUCGACAGCACCUUCGCACUCAAUUACUUAGAUUGGACAAUCCGGAAAGGGAUAGGGCGGAAGAUACCUCUCAUUCUGCUUCAGAAUCCUCCUUCGAAAGUGAUAGAGCAUCCUAUGGAGAUAGUGAUUCGAUGCUUUAUGUUGAGGAGGAGGAGGAGGAGGAAGAAAAAUACGAAGACCCUGAAUUUGAUGACAUGAUAUCAUGGGCACAAUCAACGGGCCAUUCUUCUCAGAGAAGUCAGCGAAACAAGCGAAGAAAGCGUGAAGGGAACACAGAGGAAAGUGCUGGGCUCGGUCCAAGUAAUGCGUUUGAUUUUUGUGGUCGAAGAAGGGAAACUUCACCUGAGGUUAGACGGAGACGAUACAGGAGGAGUCGACCUAAGGUUUGGAGGAGGCAAUCUUACUUUUUUCAAGAAGAGAUGCGUCGCUUGCUUGAAGAGCUGACGAAUGAGAUGGGUCUUAGUGCAUAUGCUGGGGAGUUGGUCCUCAGGCUUAACUAA